AAUCAUAACACAUUAUAGAGCAUUAUAAAGCAUUUUAUAAUUAUAGGUAAUACCUGAAACAAUUCUGCCUUACCUGUAGCUGUAUACUUUACUUUUAUGUAAACGUUUGAUCAACAAAAGUGACUCCUUAAAAAAAAUAGGUGCAAACCCUGCACUGGAGUUAAAACUUGUCAUCAUCAUCUUCAGCAUGAGAUGUCAGCAAUGAGACCACAGAGAAGAAGAGGCAGCAUAUUUUUCAUCUUUGGGCAAGGACAAGGAUGGAUUCAAUAUAAAAUAUAUUAAUUCAUUUUAAGGUGGAGGAGUUUUCAGUUGCUGCCACUUUCAGAAGUGAGACUUUCUUAUUGAAUAUCAAGGGGAAAUCAUAGGCAAACAGGAACAUGAAAACAGGUUAAGACUGUAUCAUGAUGUCCUGAAGGUUUUCAUGUUUGAAUUUCUCUUCAAUGGGAAAAAACUAUGCCAGAGAGGAUGACUCCCUAGGGAGACUCGUCAAUGAUGAUCAUGUAAGCCCAAACAGCAGAAUGAGGAUCAUCACUGUGGAUAGAAAGCCUCAUCUCUGUUUAUUUGCGAUCAAGGACAUCAGGCCAGGGGAAGAGAUAACCUACAACUAUGGAGAUUCGGACUGGCCAUGGAGAUUAAAGGUUGCAACUGAAGCACAUCCUCACCAUGCAGCCUGGGCAUCUGACUGCACCAAAGACGUUGAACAGGUUUCAACUGAAGCACAUCCUCACCAUGCAGCCUGGGCAUCUGACUGCACCAAAGACGUUGAACAGAACUGUAAACAUGAUGUGGUUUCCUCAGAAGUACCAAGCUCGGAGAAAUGUGUGUUGUGUUAUGGACCCUUCUCUGCCUUAAAAUGGAUUGGUUUGAGAUGUAAAGGGCAGAACAGGUGCAAAAAGCCCAGGAGGAAAACAAAACCACAUGAACGCCUUGCGUUUCUCAAAAAUGCUGAUGAAGGGCUUGAUCCCAGGAGGAAACGAAAGCAGCAGUGGUCUCCAUCUGAGGUUGCAGCAGCGCUGAGACAUUUCAAAAGUCUCAUCAACAACGGGAAACUAGCGACAGUGUCAGCAGUACAAGACUGCUGAGCAUCCUGCUCUAGCCAAUCGCACAGUUCAAAAUAUAAGACUUUGUCAGAAAUCAUGGCAUAUCCUUAAAGAAGAAAAGUGGUGACUGAACAGCCGCCAUUUUUGUUUUCAUUUGUGAAGAUCUCCUUAUAGUUAAAGCUAAAGGUUUAUAUCUGAAUUAUAGAAUUGUCAUGUUCUGACAAAAAACACAAUUAAAUUUAAGUCCUUGUUCACUGA